UAAUUGUUUUCCUGUUACCCUCAAUUAUUGGCUAGCCCUUGUCCAUCAACUACCAAAAUGAAUGAGAAUUACAACAUAGAGCCAGAUGCUGAAUUGGGAAGAACUACAUUUGAAGAUGACAAUCUUCUUAAGCAGCAUACACCUAUAUCAAAACCUAUAAGCCCUAGAUUACAUGCUCGUCGUGCUUCCAUGCAAGAACCCACUUGGACAAUCAAAGACUCCUUCCGCGUAACCACAAAAGACGUAGUGCAACGGUGUAUACAUACAUUAAUUCCUACAGCAAAUUUUUUUGAUGUUAUCGAUGAUAGGCCUGAUUUAUAUGGGCCCUUUUGGAUAACAACUACGGUAGUUCAAGCAUUGUUCUUUUCGAAUUCCAUCACUGACUAUGUGCGACAUCUCACAGGGUCUAUAGACAAUCCUUAUUCCAUUGGUAAGCUGGUUUCUGCCACUUCUAUCAUUUAUGGUUACACGGCCAUUGCUUCAGUCAUACUUUGGGGAUUCUUGGUUUGGAACAAGUGCAACCCAAAGUUGCUCGAUUGCGUAUGCAUAUACGGUUAUGCUAACAUUAGCUGGCUCCCCGUUUCGUUAAUGACUCCUCCUUUCAGUCUAUUGUCUUCUUUCAUUUCCCAUAUCGUCAAAUGGAUAUUAACAUCUGUUGGACUGGGCAUCUCACUUGUCUUUCUUAUCCGUAACUUGUAUCCUGUUUGUCAACAAGCAGGAACAUAUUUGUGUAAGCUUUCCAUAGCUGGGGUUAUCGUCCUUCACGUAUUACUUGCAAUCACUUUGCAACUGGUCUUUUUUAAGUAACUGGAUGCAUUCUUUGCCUUUCUCAUAAUUUAAAUCUUACUUUAAUGUUAAUGUUGAUAAUGUUAUAACAAAGACUUUUUAGAACUA